ACAGAUAUCUUGAGCGAUAAUUGACAUUAUUAGAAGUUUGCAAGAUGGAAUCAAGACCUCUUGUCGCAGCUGGAUUUAUAAUUUAUCGAAUUAUACAAAACACUCGUCAGUAUUUAUUAUUACAAACAUCGUAUGGAAAACAUCACUGGACACCUCCAAAAGGACAUGUGGAUCCUGGUGAAAGUGAAAUGCAAACUGCAAUUCGAGAGACAGAAGAGGAAACUGGUUUGAAAGAGGAAGAUUAUAACUUAGUUGAAGGUCUCAAAAGAGAGCUGCACUAUGAAGUGAAUGGUCGAUCUAAACGAGUUGUCUAUUGGAUAGCUCAAAUAAAGGAAGGAAAAGAGAUAAAACUAUCCGAUGAGCACAUUGACUAUAAAUGGUUGAAUAUUAAAGAUGCUGAAACUUUUGCGAAUUACUCAGAUAUGAUUGACGCUUUACGAUUUGUUGAUGAGUUUCUUAGCAAAUGA